AUGAUUACAAUACAUAACAUCAAUUUACCUCAAAGGGAAGGCCUAAUACGAGCACGUCUUCACGGAGCUCAAAAAGCUAAGGGAGAAGUUCUGGUGUUUCUCGAUGCCCAUGUUGAGGUAAAUGUAAAUUGGUUACCACCACUCUUGGCGCCCAUUGUGGAGAAUCCCAAUACCGCAACCACACCCAUUAUUGACAUCAUCAAAUAUGACACCUUGGAAUAUCAGGGUGGAAUGCCCUCGCGGGGUGGCUUCAAUUGGCAAUUUAAUUAUGUACAAUUGCCGUUGCUGAAACAGGAGGAAGCCAUUGAUCCUGAACCCCAUAAUAACCCCAUUAUGAAUGGUGGACUCUUUGCGAUGCGGAGGAAAUAUUUCUGGCAUUUGGGUGGCUAUGAUCGAGGUUUGGAAAUUUGGGGUGCCGAACAAUAUGAAUUGAGUUUUAAGCUGUGGCUAUGUGGUGGACGUUUGUUGGAGGUGCCAUGCUCCAGGGUUGGACAUUUAUAUCGAUCACCAGAAUUUGCUGUGAGCUAUACGAAGCGAAAGGAUGAUUUUAUAUCGAAGAACUACAAACGCGUAGCCGAGGUAUGGAUGGAUGAGUACAAGGAGUAUUUGUAUGAACACAUACCCAAACUCAAUCAAAUCGAUGCUAGCAAUUUGACAAAACAAAAACAAUUAAGGCAUGACUUAAACUGCAAGCCCUUUAAAUAUUUUAUGCAGACUAUAGCCCCCGAUUUACUCAAAGCCUAUCCUCCCGUCAAACCUCCCGAUUUUGCCAGCGGUGCUAUACGAAGUUUGGCCCUCCGGGACCUCUGCAUAGAUAUGGCUGAUGUGGAACCUCGCCAUAAACUGGAAAAUAUCCUCAAACCCUGUUCACCAGACUUAAAAUAUCCUUACGAUUCCCAAAAAUGGCAUUUGGGAUUUCGUCGUGAUCUUCAACAUCAUGGUAAUUGUCUGGAGGUCCAAACAUGGUCUGCCAGAGCACCCAUAUGGCUAUGGCCUUGCCAUAAUCGUGGUGGUAAUCAAUGGUGGUAUUAUGAUAGGAAUACGGAAAUGUUGGUACAUGGUGGCAGAGAGAAAUAUCGCCAGCGUUGCAUGGAAGUGGAGCGGGAAACGAAGAAGAUUUUCGUUAAUUUUUGUGAUCUCACGAAGCUGGAACAGAAAUGGCAUUUUGGUUAUGUUAAUGAAACGGCAAUGGAGAAGUUUUUUGAUGAUGAUUAA